AUGUGGCAUAUUCAGACGACGGCCUCAUAUGCUUCUUCCCUCGUUCAAAUGAAACUGCCCCCAUUUUAUUCUAUCUCUAGAUACAGAUGCCGUAUGUCGGAUCCGGCUCAGCCGCACCAGCUCCGUCGACGUGAUGAUCCUCCACUCUCUACAUGCUUCUCGUGUAAAGGCGGCCCUUUGGAGGAAGCAGGUACUUACCAUUAUUACUGUGAUACUUGCAAUUUGGAAUUCCACAGAGGUUGUUACAAGCAGCCCAUGGAGAUGAGACACCCUUCACACCUCUCUCACCCUCUCACUUUCACUUCCUUAGACCCUGAUUUUGACGUUGCUAAUGUUGCCGUGACUAGCAAGUACUCCUCCAAUGAAAUCUCACCAAGAUUUUAUACUUCUUCUGAUGAGGCCCCUUUGUCAGCUGAAAACUACAAGAGAUGCAAUUGCUGUCCAAACGUUCUUAAAGGAGACUACUAUCAAUGCUCUAUUUGCAAGUUCAACCUGAGUCUCACUUGCGCCAUUCACCUUCCACCUUUUAACAUCACAAACCCUAAGAGCCAUGAGCACACCCUAACCCUAUUCCCCAAAAAAAUCCCUGUCCCAUGUGAUGCUUGUGGCUUGUCUCUCCAGGAUCGCAAUGAUCACGUCUACAAUUGUCUCCCAUGCAACUACAUGAUCCAUGGAAAAUGCAUCUACUUACCUCGUGUCAUUAAGAUCACCCGUCACCAUCACCGUCUCUCUCUCACUUCCUCUCUUCCUGCUGGUGAUUUUUCUUGCGGAGUUUGUCGCAAAGCCGUAAAAGUCAAUUAUGGGCAGUUCUCUUGCACUAAGGGAUGCAAAUAUGUUGUCCACUCGAAAUGUGCGACGAGGAAUGACGUGUGGGAUGGAAUCGAUCUUGAAGGACUCCCUGAAGAACCCGAUGAAGAGGAUACCAAAUCAUUCGUGAAGAUUGAUGCAUACACGAUACAACAUUUCAGUCACGAGCAUUUUCUAAGGAUUCAGGAAAUGGAAAAGCCGGAGGAUCGUGAAAAUAAGUUUUGCCAGGCUUGCAUCCUUCCGAUCAAAGUCUCUGAUAUCUUUUACACUUGUAUGGAGUGUGAUUUCAUUCUCCACGAAGUAUGUGCAUCUCUUCCUCGCAAGAAACACCAUCCAAUACAUAAACACCCACUUAACCUCCUUCAACCAUUCCCUCCUAAGCGCUAUGACCUCUGGUUUAAUACUUUUGCCGAAGGAAUGGCCAAAUGCAGCGGUUGUAAAAGAACAACUUGUGGUUUCGUAUAUCAGUGCGGUGAAAGGGGUUGUGAGUUUCAACUAGAUGUGAGGUGCGCUUCUCUUCCUGAUCCUUUAAUCCAUGGAAGCCAUCCGCAUGAGCUUUUCUUCAAUCUAACCCAAGGUAAAUGCAUGGGUUGUACUGCUAAUUACUGUUCACCAUAUUCAUUAGAAUGCAUUCAGUACAACUCCUUUUUGGGCCUUUCUUGUGCUACGUUGCCUUCGGUCGCGCACUACAAGCACGACAAACAUCCACUUAUUCUUUGUUACGGCGAAGAAGAAGAAGAAGAAAAGACAAGAAAUCUCAAAUAUUGGUGUGAAAUUUGUGAAACACUAUUAGAUGCAAAGGAGUGGUUUUAUACAUGCGAUGAGUAUUGCAAUGUCACAGUUCACGUUACAUGUUUGUUGGGAACAGGCAUGUACAUGAAGACUGACAAUAUCAUCAAACUUUAUAAUACUGAGGUUGAGAUCGUCCGAAACGAUGGUAACUUCCGGCCGUUUUGUGAGCAAUGUUCCUUUCGUUGCUUGAACAACUUGGUAUUCAAGAGCCCUAGGGGAAACUAUUGUAAUCUGAGAGAUAUGGAGAGUUUAUGGAUGGUGCAGGCAUUGCAAAAAAGAAUGGAUCGACUACUUAUAAAAAGAUGA